AUGAGCACGACCGUCUCGAAAGAAACCUUCCUUAGCAUUGCGAGACAGCUCCUCGAGAACGCACAUCGCCAGGCCCCGUCUGCAGCCGCUGUCCAGAGCAUAUCAAAUGACGUCGACCUCGUCUUCAAAAUCAGCCACUUCAUCUCCCCCGGGAACCCCAGCCUGCGCGAAUGGGCUCUCUCAGCCUGCACGCUCGCUGGCGCCCGCGUCCCCUCCCUCAUCACCGCCGCCCGCUCCCUCUCCACAACCUCUUCCAAGCCCGCGCCGUCGCAGACCAAGCUCCUCCAGCAGGUCGAGACCUUCGCCCUGCGCGACCACGACCCCCGCGCCAUGCUCCUGCACGCCAAAGCGCUCGCCCGCCGCGGCCAGCACCCCGCCGCGCUGGCCCUCGUCGAGCAAGUCCUGUCGAUGAUCUCGCCGACCCGCCGCCGGCCCCUCCCAGACGAGGAGUUCAUGCUGCCCGGCAUCACGAGCCCGUGGCAGACCUAUCUCUCGCUCAAGGCGGAAGCCGGCACGCUCGACGACGCCGAGCGCGAGCGCGUGCUCCGCGCCGCGGCGGACGACUACCACGACCCGGCCGCGCUGGCGCAGUACGCGCGCCUGCGUCUGGACCGCGCCGCCGACCGCGACGCCUACGAGGAGUACAUGUCCAUGGCGGCGAUGGCGGGCCACGCCGACGCGUGCCGCCGUCUCGCAAACUUCUACUAUCUCACCUCUGCGCGGCGCUUCCCGCGUCGCGGCGCGAAGACCACCACUGGGUCUGCGCCGGACGCGGAGGAGGUCGAGGCGGAGGACCAGGGCGUUCUGGCGCGGUGGCUGCCGCGGUUCUAUGCGCCCAAGCCGCAUGCCGAGUACCGCGCGCUCGCGCUGGACUGGUACCAUCUCGCGGCGUCGCAUGCGAGCACGGCGCCGGCGGCCAAGGGCGAUGUGCUGUCCAAGACGGCGUUGGCGGUUGCGGUGAUUGUGCGCGAGGAGGGCAUUGUUGCGCGACGGGCGGACCGGCUCGACCAGGCGUUCCGGUGGCUGCAGCGGGUCGGUGAUGUCCCUGCGGUUGCGUCGUUUGUGCGGCAGCUGAAGCUGAAGUGGGAUGAUGAAGGGUUCUUGCCGGCUGUGCCGGAGGAGGUGGUGGAUGUCUGA